GUAGUACGGUCGCAAUCCGAGGAGGAAAAAAAGUAAAAGGAUUAUUUUUGUUGUUUUUCGGUCAAAGAAAAUUGCAAUCCGUUAGACUUUCAAUUUAUAACUCGGUGCGUUUCGUUUGAACGAAUGUCCCUACGCGGGAAACUGGGUUGAGUCAACGAUGCGUGGCGAUAUCACCGAGCAAAUGUUUGAACUACGUGAUUGUUGUUUUUAGAAUGUGAACUGUUUAUUGAUAUUCGGUUUCCAAAUAGUGAGUGCACCGAUAGUGCGUUUUCACUUUCAAGAUUGGAUUUCAGCUCAUUCAACAGUUUGGGGAGGAUUCUGUGACUGAUUGAGCGAAAUGCGGAGGAUGCACGAUGACGACGUCGACGGCUCGUUCAUCGGAAGUUCGACGCUAGUACAAUGUUUUAACAGAACGUUUUAGCCGUGGUGUUGAAAAGCAUUCCAGUCGAUAAAUAAAGUGUGUAGUGUAAACACAUGCUCCCCCAGCUAUAGUUAGCCGGCUGAAAAUAAUUGGUAUUUAUGGUCCAGAUGGAGCAGUUCUACCUCAUGCAGAGCGAUUACUCGAAGAAUAGUCAGGAAAUCAUUAUUAAUCGAAUGUUUGGUCAAGUGGUUACCAGCUGGGAGAUUAUAGUGUGCACGUUCCUCACUUUUAACGUAUCAUUCCAAAGUGUCUUAGGAGUUUUGGGAAAGUGAAUUACUUUAAGUGGAUGACACUUUACCAUUGAGAGAAGCAACAGGUUGAACAUUAGUUCUCGGGCAAACUAUCGAAGGAUCACAAUCCUACAGCCAUGAAUACGACAUCUCCGAAAUCUUCGCUAGUCAAGCUGGGCCUGCAUCCCAAGAGCAAAUCUUUCCGGGUGAUGGUUCUCGGCCAGAGUGGGGUAGGGAAAACUGCCAUGGUGGUCCGGUUCAUCACAAAACGAUUCAUCGGGGAGUACGAUCCGAAUCUGGAGAAAGUCUACACUUUUCACACCCUGGUAGAUAACGAAUUUGUUCAGUUUGAAAUUCUCGAUGCAGCUGGUCAACCCAAUGAAACCGACUGCGUUACGCUGGAAGCCAACAUUCGAUGGGCAGAUGCAUUCAUACUGAUGUACUCGGUCACCGACAAGUGCAGUUUUGAUGAAUGCAAUCGGUUAAAGUUUUUAAUAAAUUUUAACAAGCGUCGGCGUCGAUUGGGUUCUUAUAGUAAGAUUCUGUGA